UCUUCACAAUUACCCAUAACUCCCCUGAAACGUAUGACCUGUCUCUGGCCUUGGAGUGUGGCGCGGUGCUGCUAGUUGUCGGUCUCUCAGUGUGUGCUGGCUGUUGGACUUAAUUUGUGCUAACUGUCUAGUGUUCCUGUCCGACAACUCCGCUAGUAAUCUGGGGACCGUUACGGCGGAGCUGAGCAACAAUGCUGAAAUGUAGAACUGUAUGGAAAAAGCUUGCACCACUUGCUAGAGCUUCAUCCACGCUCUGCCGGCAGAAUGUGAGGAGAACAGCAUUAAACAAUGGCAGAACACCAGCAUAUGUGUCUGCGGCUCACAUGUCCAGUGGGCCUGCAGGGGGAGGUCGUGCAAACCAGAUGUAUGUCCUUCUGGUUGGAGCAGCCUGCGUCGGGGGUGGAGUAUACACAUACCGAACUGUCAAGGGAGAUGGCCAAAGAUAUCAGGAACGUAUUGAAGAAAUCUCCUCCCGACCAAAUAAAACACAAGCCUCCUACAUCCAGACAGAGCCUCCUGCUGUGGAAGCCACUGAGACAGAAGCCGUCCCUGAGCCAGAACCUGAAGCAGCCCCUUCAUCAGGAGAGCCGAGCCCUCCAGCCGCUGACGUUGAAGCAGUGAUCCCCACUGAGACAACUGAAGCCCCCCCUGAAACAUCUGAAGCCCCCCCAGCAGAGGAGCCAGUGGUAGAAGUCCCCCCAGAGGAGGCAGCAGAACCCCCUGCUGCUCCUGUAGUUGAGGAGGAACCAUCAGCAGCAGAGCCAGUGGUAGAAGCCCCCCCAGAGGAGGCAGCAGAGCCCCCUGCUGCACCUGUAGUGGAGGAGGCAGAACCAUUCGCCCCCUCUGAGCCCCCCCCAGCCGAGCUAACAGAGCCCCCUGCAGCUGUUGAGGAGAGCGAACCUACAGCAGCAGCAGCAGCAGCAGAGCCCGCCGAGCCUCAGCCUGAAGCUGUGGCAGAGAGCGCAGCAGAGCCAGUGGUAGAAGCCCCCCCAGAGGAGGCAGCUGAACCCCCUGCUGCUCCUGUAGUGGAGGAGGCAGAACCCUCCGCCCCCUGUGAGCCCCCCCCAGCCGAGCUAACAGAGCCCCCUGCAGCUGUUGAGAGCGAACCUGCAGCAGCAGCAGCAGCAGCAGAGCCUCAGCCUGAAGCUGUGGCAGAGAGCGGAGACUCUGCAGCUGCCUCUCUCAAGGUCCCCUCACACGCCCCCUACCUCCUUAUUGGAGGAGGUACCGCCUCCUUCGCUGCCGCCCGGUCUAUUCGAGCCAGAGACCCCGGUGCCAAGGUGCUGAUUGUGACUGAAGAGCCAGACGCUCCAUACAUGAGACCCCCUCUUUCCAAAGAGCUGUGGUUCUCUGAUGACCCCAGUGUGACGGAAACACUGCGUUUCAAGCAGUGGAAUGGAAAGGAAAGGAGUAUCUUCUUCCAGCCACCAUCAUUCUACAUCACUGCAGAGGAAUUGAGUAGUGCAGAAAAUGGCGGAGUGGCCAUUCUCACAAACAGAAAGGUGGUUCACAUGGACGUGAGAGGAAACAAAAUCAAACUGGACGAUGACACUGAGAUUUCAUACGACAAGUGUCUGAUUGCUACUGGUGGUGUGCCAAGAAAUCUCCAGGUCAUUGAAAGAGCAGGAGAGGAGGUGAUGCAGAAGACAACGUUGUUCCGCAAGAUCGAGGACUUCAAAGAACUUGACAAGGUCUCCCGAAACGUCAAAUCCAUCACUAUCAUCGGAGGUGGAUUCCUGGGCAGUGAGCUGGCCUGUGCCCUCGGCAGGAGAUCAUCAGAGUUUGACCUGGAGGUGAUACAGAUGUACCCUGAGAAAGGCAACAUGGGAAAAGUCUUGCCUGAGUAUCUGAGCAACUGGACAACAGAAAAAGUCAAGAGCGAGGGUGUGAAAAUAAUCUCAGAAGCUUUGGUGAAAUCUGUGGUCUCCAAAGAUGACCAGUUAGAAAUCCAGCUGAAGGAUGGCCGAUUGGUGAAAACGGACCACAUCGUGGCAGCUGUUGGCCUGGAGCCCAAUGUGGACCUUGCCAAGUCAGCAGGUCUGGAGGUGGACUCUGACUUUGGAGGCUUCCGGGUCAAUGCAGAGCUGCAAGCUAGAUCCAACAUUUGGGUGGCGGGAGAUGCUGCGUGCUUCUACGACAUCAGACUGGGCCGCAGACGGGUGGAGCACCAUGAUCACGCCGUGGUGAGCGGGAGGCUCGCAGGGGAGAACAUGACCGGAGCCAACAAACCAUACUGGCAUCAGUCCAUGUUCUGGAGCGACCUUGGGCCUGAUGUGGGCUACGAGGCCAUUGGGAUCGUUGACAGCAGCCUACCAACAGUAGGAGUGUUUGCCAAAGCCACUGCCAAGGAUACGCCUAGAGCUGCCACAGAGCUGUCAGGAACUGGAAUCCGGUCAGAGAGUGAGACAGAAGACACAGCCACCAGCCCAGUGGCCUCCUCCACGCCCGCUCCCUCUGGAUCCCACAAAGACGAGUACGGAAAGGGAGUCAUCUUCUACCUGAGGGACAAGGUGGUGGUGGGCAUCAUCCUGUGGAACGUGUUCAACAGGAUGCCCAUCGCUAGGAAGAUCAUCAAGGACGGCGAGGAACACUCAGAUCUGAACGAAGUUGCCAAACUGUUCAACAUCCACGACGAUUAAGAUGGCCGCCACUUAUGAAAGCAACGUUUCAUGUUAAAACUGAACUUUGGCAGGCAUUGCCUCACUCUUGAAGACACAACCGAUCACACAAGAAAAAACAACAGCGUUCAUGUAAAUGAUGUCAUGUCGCUGAAAUGUGUUUCAUAAAUGGGAAUUUCUGUGUUUCACCCGUUUGCGCUUCUUUUUCUAUCCAGGAAAAAUCAUUGUCUUCUUUUCCACCCAAAACCUUUGCUCGUGUUUAGAAAAAACCCCAGAUGUGAUGUGCCAGUAGUGUCAUACCAGUUUGCACAAAUGCUGAGCGUGGAAUAUUGUGUUUCUGUGUGUGAUCAGAGCAGCUCGUCGUCAGAGAAGCUGCAAUAAAGGCUAUUUUUAAAUUG